AAAUUAAUGGCGAUAAAAGAGAGAUCAUUGGAGGAGACACCAACAUGGGCUGUUGCUGUUGUUUGCUUCGUUCUCCUAUUCAUAUCCAUAAUGAUCGAAUAUUUCUUGCACUUUAUUGGUCACGUACAACUGAUGCUACUGGGAUUCAUAUCGCUUCUACUCGUUGUACUGCAAACACCAGUCUCCGAGAUUUGCAUUCCCCGAGAUGUUGCUGCGACUUGGCAUCCUUGUAGUAGAAAUCAAGAACUCGCUAAAUACGGUAAAGAUUAUGUCGACGAUGGCCGCAAAAUUCUUGAAGACUUUGACUCCAAUGACUUUUAUAGUCCUCGUCGAAGUUUAGCCACCAAAGGUUAUGACAAAUGCGCAGAGAAGGCAUGUUUUUAUAAUUUGUUACUAGGGAAAGUAGCAUUAGUAUCUGCGUAUGGUAUCCAUCAGCUGCAUAUAUUCAUCUUUGUGCUCGCUGUUUUUCAUGUUCUCUAUUGCAUUAUAACCUAUGCUUUGGGAAAAACCAAGAUGAAGAAAUGGAAAUCAUGGGAGAAAGAGACCAAAACAAUUGAGUACCAAUAUGCCAAUGAUCCAGAGAGGUUUAGAUUUGCAAGAGAUACAUCGUUUGGACGUAGACAUUUGAAUGUAUGGAGCAAGUCUUCCUUUACCCUCUGGAUUGUAAACAUGUUUCUUCAGACAGUUCUUUGGAUCAGUGACAAAAGUGGAUUAUCUUACACUAAGACAUGGCUUUAUAAUGGUAACCCGGUGAUAUGGUGCAUUGCUGUCUUAUUCAUACUGACUAAUACACAUGGAUGGGAUUCCUAUCUUUGGCUGCCUUUCCUCCCUUUGAUUGUGAUAUUAAUAGUAGGAGCAAAACUUCAAAUGAUAAUAUCGAAAUUAGGAUUGAGGAUUCAAGAAAAAGGAGAUGUGGUUAAAGGAGCUCCUGUGGUUGAACCGGGCGAUGAUCUCUUUUGGUUUGGUCGUCCUCGUUUCAUUCUCUUCCUCAUUCACUUGGUUCUUUUCACGAAUGCAUUUCAACUGGCUUUCUUCGUUUGGAGCACUUACGAAUUCACACUCAAAAACUGCUUCCACCACAAAACCGAAGAUAUUGCAAUUAGGAUAACCAUGGGGGUAUUAAUACAAGUUCUAUGCAGCUACAUCACUCUACCUCUUUAUGCCCUCGUGACUCAGAUGGGAACGUCAAUGAGGCCGACUAUAUUCAACGACAGGGUAGCCAAUGCAUUGAAAAAAUGGCACCACACGGCUAAGAAACAGACCAAGCAUGGACACUCAGGGUCCAACACACCUCACUCGAGCCGCCCCACCACUCCAACACAUGGCAUGUCACCGGUGCAUCUCCUCCACAACUACCAUAACCGUGCCCUUGACUAUCAAACCAGCUUCACUGCCUCUCCUUCUCCUCCUAGAUUCUCUGAUUUUGGCGGCCACGGUCAUGGUCAUCAGCAGUUCUUUGAUCCUGAAUCUCAGAAUGUCUCAUGCCACCGUGAAAUCACAGAUUCUGAAAACAGCAAUAGUCAUCAUCCCCAUGCUGACGUGGCAAGUCCUGUGAGAGAAGAGAGAGACGUUAUUGAGCAUGUUAAGGUUGAUUUGUCGGAGUUUACGUUCAAGAAGUGAUAGGACUUCUCUAUAUUUGGUGUUCAUUCUUUGUAAAUGAUAUAAACUUUGGCAAUGAACACAUCUCUUCUUUAUUUUAUUUUUUUAAUUUAUUGUUUUAUUAUGAAUUUUGCUGUAAGCUCAAGGAUCAGAACGCUUUAUGAUAUCAUAUCAUAUCAUAUUAACAAACAGAUUUCUCAUCAAAAAGUAUUAUCUUAAAGCACCACAA